AUGGACAAGAGUUGGAUCCAACUUCCUAGGAUUGAUCCGCACUAUGCAAAAGGGAUUAAAGAUUUUAUUGAGGUGGCUAAGGCCUAUGUAGAUGACAAGAAUAGGACUAGGUGCCCAUGUUCUAAAUGCAAAAACAUACCACAUAGAACAUUACCUGAGGUUAAAGGACACUUGUGUCAAAAUGGGAUGGACAAAAUGUAUACUCGCUGGGAAUGGCAUGGAGAGGGGUAUGAUAUGGCUAAUAAUAAUAGUUCAGAGGAAGAGGUUGAAGAAGAGGAAGAUGGUGAUGAGGUAAAUGAGUUGUUGGAAGACAUUUGCAUGGGACCUUUUGUGCAAAUAGAAAUGACAGAUGUUCAGCAAGGGUUGGAUGAUGCUUUGCCAAAUUCUAACAUGGGAUAUGAUAGGUUUCAAGAUUUAUUACAGGAUGCACAACGUGAGUUAUAUCCAGGAUGUGAAAAAUUUUCAAAAUUAUCGUUCGUUCUAAAGUUAUACAAUAUGAAAGUAACUCAGAAACUGAGCAACAAAUAUUUCACUAUGAUGCUAAAGUUGCUUAAUGAAGCAAUGCCCAAAGGUGUUGAGCUUCCAAAGUCACAUUAUGAGGCAAAGAACAUGUUGCGUGAAUUAAGUUUUGGGUAUGAAGUGAUACAUGCUUGCAUAAAUGAUUGUAUUUUAUAUUUGAAAGAAUAUGAAAAUAAUGAGUUAUGCCCUCGGUGGGGUGAGUCUAGAUACAAAUCUUGUGAAGGCAAGGGUAAAAAAAUACCACAAAAGAUUCUUAGAUACUUUCCUUUGAAGAGCAGGCUUCAGAGGUUGUUUAUGUCAAGAAAAAUAUCUUCAGAUAUGAGGUGGCACAAAGAGAAACGUGUUAAGGAGACUAAUAUAUUCAGACAUCCCGCAGAUUCUAUGACUUGGGAGGAAUUUGAUAUAAGACAUCCUUGGUUUUCAGCGGAACCUCGUAAUGUUAGACUUGGUCUAGCAAGUGACGGAUUCAAUCCAUUUAGCAACAUGAGUAAUUCAUAUAGCAUGUGGCCAGUAAUGGUUUUUCCAUACAACUUGCCACCUUGGAAAUGCAUGAAAGAACCAUAUUUGUUUAUGUCAUUACUUAUUCCUGGACCGAGAUCACCAGGGAAGGAAAUUGAUGUGUACUUGAGACCGUUGAUCGAUGAGUUAAAAGAGUUAUGGGUGGAUGGUGUAAUGACUUAUGAUGCUUCUACUAUGUGUACUUUUAGAUUGCAUGUGGCGUUAUUAUGGACAAUAAAUGAUUUUUCAGCAUAUGGAGAUUUGUCUGGUUGGGUCACAAAGGGGUACAUGGCAUGUCCUGUUUGUAACUUUGAUGCAUCUUCAAUACGUUUGGAGCAUGGGGAAAAAAUUUGUUGGUUUUGCCAUCGUCGUUGGCUGCCACUAGACCAUAAAUGGUGA